GCGAUUCUGCCCGGGGAUCCCGGCAUCUGGGAGCUGCGCGACACGGAACUCUUCGAGGGAUGUUUCAGCGCUGGGCCAGGCUGAGGCCUUGGCGGCUGGGAGCCUGCUCCGCCCUCUGGGGGAGGAGCCCAGCUGGCAAUCCCCGCCCACCGUCCCGCUGUCUAAGUCCUCUUGCUGUUUCUGGCCGCAACCCAGCCUGGCGGUCGUCUCCGUUCUGGAGGGUGGACGACUUCUGCCUUUCGGUUCCCACUGGCCAGCCUGCUUUGACCUUCUGGAGACCCUCCUCCCAAGGCUCCUCUAAGGCCCCCCGGCCGGAGCCCCACUAUCCUCUGAGGACCCGUCUGCUGGUGGUCUCCAUCAUUACCCUUCAGCUGGUGCUGGCGUGGCUGUAUUUCCGGUCGGAGAAGGAGAAACAGGCGAAGCAGAAACGCAUUGAGGAGUUGAGGAAAGUGGCGGUCGGGCAAGGCAACUUCCAGCUGGUGGACCACACCGGGCGUCCUUGCUCCAAGGAGGACCUCAAAGGCAGCUGGAUCCUUCUCUACUUCGGCUUUACUCACUGCCCGGAUAUCUGUCCGGAAGAGCUGGAGAAGAUGAGUCGAGUGGUGAACAUGUUGGACGCCGACCCCAAACUGCCCCGUCUCCAGCCCAUCUUCAUCACCGUGGACCCCGAGCGGGAUACGGUGGAGGCCGUGGCCAAGUACGUGAAGGAGUUCCAUCCGCGGCUGCGGGGACUGACCGGCACACCGGAACAGGUGCGGGAGGCUGGACGGUCUUACCGCGUCUACUAUAGCACCGGCCCCAAAGACGAGGACAACGAUUAUCUGGUAGACCACACGGUCAUCUUGUACCUGGUCAGCCCGGAUGGGCUGUUCUUAGACUACUACAACCGGUACAAGACGGACGUGAAGGUAGCGGAGAGCAUCCGGGGACACAUGGCCACUUACAAGACCCUCCUCGCCUGAGGAGCAAACUGGCGGAUGGGAAGGGUUUAGUUUGGGAUGCUCUCAGCCCGAGGCCCAGCCUUGCGAGAAGACAGGCCGUGGGUUGUGCGCGUGUGUAUUUUGGCACACCUGUGUGCUGUUUUGGAGUGGCAGGGAUUGUUGCGGUAACAAUAAUCACGCUCUGAAACGGUGUUUUGUAUCAUCUGUAUGUUAUCGACCUGUGUUUCCCUUUUUAAAAAAAUUUGCAUCCAGGCAGUGUUUGUAGAACACCGCUAGUCCUUGAGUUACGACCGCAGUUGUGCCCAUUUAGUCUGCGGCUAAGUGAGACGCUUGUUCAGUGAGUUUUGCCCAGUUUUACCACCUUUCUUGUCACGGUUGUUAAGUGAAUCACUGCAGUUCUUAUAGUCGCAGGGUUGUGAAGUGGAUCCAGCUUCCCCCCCCCCCAUCCCCCCCUUGACUUCGCUCAUCAGAAAGUUGCAAAAUGAGAUUGCGUGACACUGCAGCCGUCAUAAAUACAAGUCGGUUGAUCACAUGACUGCGGAGAUACUGCAGCGGUUGUAAGUGUGAAAAACGGCGGUCAUAAGUCACUUUUUUCAGGGGUAUAACUUUGAACGGUCGCUAAACAAACUGUUGGAAGUACAGGAAGUCUUUGCAUUCCGACCAACUGAAAAAGGGGAUUCGGGACCUGGAUUGGAGGGUCUGGAGGGGGUCACGGGCCUGAAUUUUGGGCAUGUGGCAACACAGGUAUCCUGUGCUUUACGAGGUGAUGUGGAAAACUUUGGCCAAACUGUUCCCAUAGUGAACCAUUGGGUUCGCCUGAGGACUGCUGCAAAAUAGGUCAUAAAAUCAUGUGACUGACCCAUUUUACGACCGGGGACCACAGUCAUAUGUUGAAGAGUACCUGAACUCGCAUUUUCUCUUCUGUUCAAUCGUAUCAGAAGCUGCCUGCGGUUUAGGUUCACAUGACGUCCCUUCUUUUUCACUCCCUUCCUCACUUUUCCAUAUUUUUUUCCCUUUGUAUUUUAUACUCUGAUAAACUAAUAAAAAAUUAAAUGACAAAAAGAAAAGAAAAAGGAGGUGGGAUGCCAGGUGCUGCCCUGUUCUACAGUCGUCGCCAGAAUUGUGGAAACCUUUUGGGAAAAGUGUAUUUUGAAGUUUGAUGGCUAAUAACACCACUUUUUUCUUUUUUUGGAGUUUCAAGAGAAUCCUAUUCCACUGCUGGAAUGGCCUGGAAAUAGCCCAGACCUUCGCCCAAUGGAAAACAU